UUUGACAUUGACCACAACAAGUGAACAAGCCCAGGCUUACGAAAAACGAAGUUUCGGGUUUCUAUAAAAACAUUUUUGUAAACUUAAUAGAUUUAUUGACAAGACAACAAAUUUAUUUUCUCACAUCUUAAUAUUUGAUCUUUGGAUCGAAGCGUAACAUAUGCUUACAGUUUACUAAACAGUGAAUAGUUUGUGCACGCAAUGGCAGAUAUCUUAGACAUAUUAGAUAUAGAACAGCCAGGAGCAUCAGAAGUUACAAGAGACAGUAUUAUACAUGGUGACAAAGUAAAAAAAAAGUAUGUUACUGCAAAGGCAGUACGGCGUCCCGAAGGCAUGCAUCGUGAAGUGUUUGCUCUCCUAUACAAUGAUAAUAAGGACUUGCCUCCUCUCCUCCCUACUGAUACAGGCAAAGCAUACAAACAAACAAAGGCUAAACUUGGUAUGAGAAAAGCACGGAAAUGGGUUUGGGCUCCAUUCACAAAUCCAGCUCGUAAAGAUAAUGCUGUGUUUUAUCAUUGGAAAAGAGCUUCUGACGAAGCAAAAGAAUAUCCAUUUGCACAGUUUAACAAGCAAGUAUCAAUCCCUUCAUAUUCUGAAUCAGAAUAUAAUCAAUACUUGAAAUCAGAAGACUGGAGUCAAGCAGAAACCGACCACUUAAUGGACCUUUGUCAGAGAUUCGAUUUGAGGUUUAUUGUCAUACAUGAUCGUUGGGAUAAAGCGGCUUUUAGGGACAGAAGUGUUGAAGACUUGAAAGAGAGAUAUUAUAACAUUUGUAGUAUUUUAAACAAAGUUAAGACAAAUCCAUGGUCAAAUACAGUUACAAUGGUCAACGGAGAAAAACGAGUGUAUCAUUAUGAUGCUGAACAUGAAAGGAAGAGAAAGGAGCAAUUAAAGAGACUGUUUGAUAGAACACAAGAGCAAAUUGAUGAAGAACAGAUGUUAUUGGCAGAACUGAAAAAGAUAGAGGCUAGGAAGCGUGAAAGGGAACGAAAGACACAAGAUUUACAGAAACUGAUAUCCAGAGCUGACAGUGGUAAUAGUGUGACAAACAACCAGACUAACAUAGCCAGCGAAGGUGUUACAAUGCCAUCGAAUACAGUUUCUAACAUUGUACGUCGGCAUGACAGAAAGUUACAUAAGAAAAAAUUGACAACACAGCAACGUCCAGUUCGUACUGUGGAAGCAGUUACAGUGGAAUGGUCUGGUAUUAAGUUCCCUGAAGCAAGGAGCACUGGCGUAUGGUUACGUUCUCAGCGAAUGAAAAUGCCUCCAGGUGUCGGUCAGCGUAAAACAAAAGCAAUUGAACAAGAGUUACGUCUUAUGAACAUUGAUAUUGCUCCGACACCAACAGAAGCAAUUUGCAAGCAUUUCAAUGAACUACGUUCUGACCUUGCACUGGCAUUGGAUUUGAAAAAUGCUCUAGCGUCUUGUGAGUUGGAACUACAAGCUUUACGGCAUCAAUAUGAAGCUCUUAACCCUGGCAAGACUUUGAGUAUUCCUCCUUCAAUAUGCAACUCAAAUGUUGAUGGAGAUUCAAAACCACUGGGAGAAAUAAUCGAUGUUGUUGGAUCUCCUAGUGCUUUAAAUAAUACAAUAUAAUAACUUUUGUAAAUAAUGUAAAUGACUUGUUUAGAUAAUAAACUUGGGUGUAAAAAUUA